AUGCUAGCGCGAAUUACAACCAUUGCAAAGAACACCUUCAAAACACCAUCCACAGUAUUGGGCAGCAUGAGUAGCACCAGAAGUGUACGCACCUUCCGCCAAGAAGAUCAGCCACGGCUACGUAUCAAUUCGCCAGCACCUAACUUCACGGCCGACACGACGGAGGGCCGCAUCAACUUCCACGAGUUCCUCGGCAACUCCUGGGGCAUUCUCUUCUCGCAUCCCGCAGACUUCACUCCGGUCUGCACAACCGAGCUGGGGACGUUCGCGCAGCUCAAGCCCGAAUUCGACAAACGUGACGUGAAACUGCUCGGGCUGUCUGCGGAGGGCUUGGAGAAGCACCACGAGUGGGCGCGCGACAUCGAGGAGAUUUCACAACUGGACAAGUUCUCGUUCCCGAUUGUAGCCGACGUGGACCGCGAGGUCGCCUUCCUGUACGAUAUGGUCGACGAGGAGGGCUUUCAGAACCUCUCCGGUGGCCUGGUCCAGACGAUACGCUCGGUGUACGUCAUCGAUCCCUCUAAGAAAAUCCGCCUCAUGUUCACGUACCCAGCCUCCGUGGGUCGCAACAGUCUCGAAGUCCUACGUGUGGUCGACGCCUUGCAGCUCUCAGAUCGCAAGGGCAUCGCCACCCCAAUCAAUUGGCAGCAGGGCGACGAGGUCAUCAUCCCGCCCGCCGUGUCGGACAAGGCCGCGGCGGAGAAGUUCGGCGAGUUCCGCACUGUGAAGCCGUACCUACGCUACACCAAGGUCGACUAA